UGAAACGCAAACAUGAAGACGUUCGAUGGAAUCCUUGAUGAAAUUGGAGGAAUGGGAAGGUACCAAAUACUUGCUAUAUUCUUAUUAGCACUAAUUGAGAUCCCAUCGGCGUUCCAUAAUAUCAACUAUGUCUACAUUGGUGCAAAGCAAGACCAUUUUUGUGCACCAUCGGCUGAGUUAUCUGCGUUUAAUCUUACCAAAGAUGAACUGAAAAAUUACACCAUACCGUAUGAAGUGAAAGAUGGAACACGUGAAUACAUGAAAUGCGGACAGUUUCGUCGGAACUAUUCUUCGAUCGGCAAAAAUGAUGUGCAACUCUGGCUUGAUGAAUAUAUCAAAGAGAACUAUACACAACCCGACGAUUUGCCCAUUGAGGAAUGUAGCGGGUGGUUGUAUGCUACGAGUAUAUACCAGACAACCAUUAUAUCCGAGGUGAGUAUAUCAAAAUAAGAAUAUUGCUUUUGAUAAAUGUAUUUAACCAUACUCUGGCAAGUUCGCACGAGUAUCAAUUCAAUGAAAUACUUCAAGUGAAGAUUAUUGAACGUUGGGUUAAGGAGAUGGGUCGAGUGGAAGAUGCGCAAGAGACAUAUCGUUACUGGUUUGUGGAUCAAUUGAAGUACCGGUAGCAGUCAAACAAUAUUUAAAAACAAUUUUUGCCCUUAUUCAUUGCAUACUAUGACUUCUCUUCCACCCGUUUUUAUAAUGACACCAUGAACCCCAAAUAUUUGCCAUCAACGUUG